UCUCUUUGAAUUUUAUGAAGCGGUUGUAUCUUGGUGGUGCCCCAACCAGCCAACCGAACCGAACGGCCAACAGAACCCCCAGUUGGUAGCACACCAGCAGCCACACCAGCCGCAAAAUCAGCAGCAGCAGCAGCAUCUUCUUGUAAAAUAUCUUUUGCCUUUUUACCCCAAAAGCAAGCCAACGAACAGUGGAUUAUUCCCAAUAAUUGUUAACAAUCAAAACGAAAAGUGAACAAAACACACGCAGAAAACACCGAUAAAGUGCGCGAAAUGUUGAGCAACGUGUAAAAGCCAACUAAAGGAUCUGAUAACUGUGCAAGGACUGCAAAACGAAACCCAAAGAUACAAACGCAAAGAUACAAACCGCAGUACCAGUGGCUAGUGCACACGUAGAAUCUCCGCAGAGUUCUAUACGAAAGAAUUCUUCAUUCGUGCUGUUACUUGAGUGAAAAAAGUUACAACCAUGACAAGAAGACGUUCGAGUCCGCUGGGACUCGAGGAGCUGGUGUCUCUGACGCUGGCCCUGCUGGCCAUAAUGCUGAUACCCACACAAGCCGCUCCACUGCAGGAAUACACGGAGAUCCAGCAGUACUCGGAGGGCUGCUACUACAACUAUGCGCAUUACAACGAGGGCGAUCGCAUCAUGACCAAUGAGCCGUGUCUGAACUGCACCUGCCACAACCGCAUGCUGAUGUGCUACCUGCGCGUCUGCCCCUUCACCAAGCCCAUUGGCCACGACUGCAUCGUGGAGAAGCGGGAGGAUCAGUGCUGUCCCAUCAUCACCUGCCCAGAGGUUCCGGUCGAUGUACCCUACCACACCCCCGAGCCCGGCACUGAGCUGAGCAUCCCCGAGAAGUUCGGCUGCAGCAUCGAGGAGAAGUUCUACCCGGAGGGCGCCCAGGUGCCAUCGAACCCCAACAGGCCGUGCGAGCUGUGCUACUGCAUCAACAACCAGACCAAGUGCGUGAUGCAGGAGUGCACCCUCCAUGUGGACGGAUGCCUGCCCAUCUACAACAAGGGAUCCUGCUGCCCCGUGCGCUACAGUUGCGACCACGAGAACGAGCUGGACUUCAUCGAUACGUCCACCACGACGACGACGACUACAGAGCGUCCCACCACAGGAUUCAUCCUGCCCACGACCAUGAUGCCAACCGAGUCCACCGACUGCAUGUUCAAUGAGGACAUCUACGCCGAUGGAGCCUCGAUCAAGGGCAAGGAUGCCUGCGAGCACUGCUACUGCAUGCGAGGACACAUGGUUUGCGCCGUCCAGGAUUGCAAGAUGCCGAUGAUGGCGGCCAACGGCACGUCCUGCCGGGCCAUGCCAGCAGCCGAGGGCGAGUGCUGUCCCAACAACUACAUUUGCGAGGACGACAGUGCAACCACUGAGAUUGUGGAGAUCACCACGCCGGAGAUCUCAACGUCCGCUCCCGCCAAGGACAUCCACGGCGAGAUCCCCAAGGAGGAUGUGGAUCUCCAGGAGCACAUUGACGACGAAGAAAAGGACCAGGACAAGGAGACGGCCACCGAGAUUCCCACAGCGGAAGAGGGCAGCGGUGAAGUCGAAGACGAGGAGACCACCACAAGUGCGCCAGUGCGUGCCUCGGACGAAAAGGACAAGCCCUUCACGCCCGAGAGCUCCACCGCCGGCAUUGCUUCCGACUCCAGAAUCGAUCUAUCAUCCACCUCGACUGAAGCAGCCACCGGCGCCUCAUCCACCGAAACCGCCACCGAAGCCAGCGGCGAAGUGGAGGAGGAGGAUGACAUCAUUAAGAUUGUCACCACACCAGAGCCCGAGGGAAGCGGCGAAGAGGAUGUUUCGAAGCCCACGAAGACCGUCGAGCAGGAUAGCACCGAGGAGGAGGAGAUCAUCAAGGUCACCUCUCCAGCACCAGCCAAGGCCAGUCCCGAAGAAGAUAUCGUUAAGGUCACCACCUCUGCUCCUUCCGUUACCGAUGAAGAUGUUAAGCCCACUUCUGCCGAGGAAACGAGCGAUGAAACGGAAGAUUCCAAGCCCACACCUUCUGAGGAAGGCAGUGGCGAGGAGGACCAGACUAAGGCCACACCCACUGAGGAGGGAAGCGGCGAAGAGGAUGAAGUUAGGCCUACCCCUGCUUCUGAGGAAGUCGCCGAGAGGGACGACUUCAAACCCACACCUGCUCCUGAGGAAGGCAUUAAGAAGGAAGACGCCAAGCCAACGCCAGCUCCAGCAGGAGCUUCAGAAGAUGAGGACGCCAAGCCAACACCAGAAGGAAGUGAUGAAGAUCAGGAAGCCAAGCCAACUCCAGCAGGUACCUCAGAAGAUGAGGAGGCUAAGCCCACGCCAACUCCAGAAGGAAGUGGUGAAGAUGAUGAGGAGGCUAAGCCCACGGCAACUCCAGAAGGAAGUGGUGAAGAUGAUGAAGAUGUCAAGGCUACUCCAUCUCCGGCCGGAAGCUCUGAAGAUGAGGAAGAUGUCAAGGCCACUCCUGCCCCAGUCGGAAGCUCUGAAGAUGAGGAAGAUGUCAAGGCCACUCCUGCCCCAGCCGGAAGCUCUGAAGAUGAGGAAGAUGUUAAGGCCACUCCUGCUCCAGCAGGAAGCUCUGAAGAUGAGGAAGAUGUCAAGGCCACUCCUGCUCCAGCAGGAAGCUCUGAAGAUGAGGAGGCCAAGCCCACACCUGCAGUGGUGCAUAGGGACGACGUUGAAGCUGCUAAGCCCACUGAAUCCACGGAAGAGGCAAGCGGCGAGGGAGAAGAGGAGAUCAUCAAGGGAACCACGCCAUCGGAGGAUGAGGUUGCCAAGGCAACCACUCCCGCUCCUCAGGCCGAGGGUGAGGGUGAGAAGGACAUUGAUACUGUCACGGCUACACCGCCUGCCGAGCCCACAAGCAGUGAGGACGCUGAGGACAUUGCCAGGCCCACAACUCCGUCUGCUGAUGCCUCCGAAGAGGAAGAGGUUAGCAAAGCCACCACUCCAGCCGACAAAACAUCCGCCGAAGAAGAGGAGAUUGCUGGACCAACGACUCCAGCCGACAAAACAUCCGCCGAAGAGGAGAUUGCCGGACCAACCACUCCAUCCGCGGACGUCAGUGUCAGUGCGGAGGAGGAGAUUGUCAAGGCAACCACGCCCAAGUCUGAUGUUGCCGAUGAUUCAACCGAGUUGACAGCAGAACAGGACGAGGAGCCAGUCACGGAGACAGAAGAAGGCUCCACAGCUGGCACACCGAUCUCCUCAUCCACCGAAGGAGUCCAGGCUGCUUCCGAAAAGGAUGAGCCCUCCAUUGGAACCUCCACUAGCGCACCCGCUCGUGCUGGCGAAAAGGAUGAGGCUGCCACCACUCUGCCUACUCCUGAGAGCGAUGAGAAGGUUACCGAAGGUGAUCUCGAUGCCUCCACUGAAGUUCCUGCCGAAGACGCCUUCAAGUCCGGCACAGCCAAGCCAGUUUCAGCCGAGAAGCCUGCUGAAGAGUCAUCCACGGAAACCGAGGAAGCCGAAAUCGAGGCAUCGACCAGCACACCACUUCACAAACAAGAUCAGCCGGAUGAGACAACAGACAAGGCUCAGGACGAAAAGGAGGAAGAUGAGACAAGCACCGAAGCAGUGCCAGCUAAAUCCGACAUUGUGCCACCAGUUCUCGACGCCAAGCCCUCGACAAGUCUUCCAGUGGAAGGCGGAGAGGUCUCUACCGACAAGCCGACAUCAGUCUACCUGCCGCCUGCCGGAGAGAAGGACUCCACCGAGAGCGCCGAGGAUGCAACAGAGCCAGCCAUCAAAGAGGAGCCUUCGAAGCCAGAAGAGCCCGCGACCACUCCCCUGCCCGAGGAGCAGUCCAGCAGCGUCUCGCCCAGCGCCGAGCAGCCAGCCACAGUGCCAGUUGUCAGCCGCGACGAUUUCGCAUCAGAGCAGACUACCGUUUCACCCAGUGCCGAUGAUCAGAGCUCCUCCGAAGCUCUGCCCGCCAUGGACCUGCCAGCUGUCAUUCCUGGAGAAGGUGACUGCUUGGUGGAGGGCAAGACGUAUGCCAACAACACCAUUGUGCCGGCCACCACGCCCUGCGAUGUGUCCUGCAAGUGCAUCAGCAGCCUUGUGUCCUGCCAGCAAAUGGAGUGCAAGGAGCCCGAGAACCGCGACAAAUGCGUCCUUUCUUCCGAUCUUCUUGCUGGCUGCUGCCCAACUUACAUUUGCGAGGAGAGCGAUGAGGAGGACACUACUGCCAAGCCUAUUGACAGGAUCGAUGAGGAUGAGUCGGGUGCCAGCACCGAAGAAAUACCCAAGGAUGUCAUCAUGCCCACUGGCAUUACUGAGCAGCCACUUUCCCAUGUCAAGCCCGAUGAGGAGGUUCCACAGGUGACACCCCUUCUGCCGGUGGAGCUUGAGUCUUCCACACCCAAGGCGGUCGAGAAGCCAGCUGUUGUUUCCGACGAGGACAUGGCCAAGCCCACAACAUCCACAGCCGCUCCUGAAAUUGAGGAAGAGGAACACAAGCAUAAACCCCUUGACAAAGAACCCGUGCCCAAGCCCACGGAUGAGGGUCAGAAGGAGCCACAAGGAGAAGCUGAAACUGUCGCAGCCACAGAGCAGCCGACCACAGAUGAGGCCACCAAGAAGCCGUCUCAAGAAGAUGCCACAACUCCUCCUCAAUUUGCAGAUGAUAGCCAAAAGGAGACUGGAGAUGAAUCGCCCGCCACAACCACUGCUCCCAUCACGACAGAGGAAGAGAAACCAAUCGAUGAGAAAAAACCAGCUGAAGAAGAUAAGCCCAUUGAAGGAGAGAAACCCACUGAAGAGACCCCCAGUCUUGGACCUAAAGCGCCAGUUGCCGAUUCCGAAGAAGGGACCACGGCCACCCCCGCUUUAUCCGAGGAAGACUCCUCCACAGAGUCCUCCACUGAAGUGCAUGCUCCAGAGCUCGACACGAAGCCAGAAGACGAGGAGUCGACUCCAUCUACUCAGUCACCAAAGACCGAAAAGACACCCGAGCCAUCCACCAGUGCAUCCGAUGAAGAGGAAAUCGAGGACUUGGACAAAUUCACAACAGUUGCUCCAUCGAAGGUAUCGGAUGAGAAGGAGCCAUCCACUUCUGCCGAAGAUAGUUCGGACGAUGAUGAUUCCGUUCCAGCCUCAACUGAGCGAUCGCCGAUCAAAGAAGAUGUUGACGAAAAGGCACCACCAUUGCCCACCAAAGCACCAGCCACCAAGCCAGAGUCGACUACUGAGGCUGAAACCGACAAGGAACCUGCCAAGGAUGAUGUUGCUACCACUGAACCAAGCUCUGAGGGCGAGAAGGACACCUCUGAUGAGUCAUCGACCGCGUCCGUCUCUGACCAUGGAGUCGAGAGCGACGCCACUACUACUCCAGUUCCUGCUGUUCCUGCUUCUGACGAAGAUAAGACUCCAGACAGCACAGAAAAGACCCUGCUUGGAGCCGAGCCUGAAGACGAGACUGCCACGGCUGCUCCGUCAGUUGGAGACACUUCUGACGAAGAGGCGCCCGCCACUACUGAUGUUCCUUUGAAGGAUGAAAGCGAACAGAAACCGUCUUCUGUCUCUGCUGAGAUCGAGCCUGAAUCUGAUCGUACCACUACUCCUGCUCCGGUUGAUGCCGCUAAGGAAGAUUCCGAUGAGCAAUCGACGACAACUCCCUCUUCUGACGAACGCAAGGACACAACAGCUGCUCCCUCUGAUGAAAAGACUCCCUCAGUUAGCGUUACUCCCGAGGCCGAGCACGAUGAGAAAUCAGAUGCAACUGCUGCUCCUGUUUCUGACGAAGAUCGCACUGAGAAACCCGUGGACGAAAAGGAACCACUUCCUGCAGGAGAAGAAGUAGAGAAGGAGUCCGACAUUGAGACCUCUACUGCCAGGCCCUCUGCUGCCACAUCCCCAUCGUCUGAAGAAGAAGUUGGAGACGAUAGAGUAUCUACAGACAAGACGCCAUCCCAGGAGGCAGAGGAGAAGCCCGAGGCUCCCACAACAUCUUCGGAGGAAGAGGACGACACUGCCUUUGCUGCCACGACAACUCCAGCACCCUCUGCCGCCGAUAAGGUGCCCGAAGUGCCAAAACUGCCCCAAGAAACCCCAGAGGAUGUACUACCUUCAUCCACUGAGACAUCCACAGAGCAGGAGCGUGAAUCGACUGCUGCUCCAAGCCUGGACGAUAAGGAACCUGCUGUCACCUCGGCGCCAUCUGCUGAUAUUGAUUCGGAUAUCACCACAAUUGGCCCCGUCUCUGAAGCGGAUGAGAAACCAACCGAGGAAGAGAAACCGAUCGAGGAGCAGAAGCCAAAGGAGGACGAAAAACCAACUGAAGGAGAGAAGCCAACAGAGGAGGAGCAGUCCACUGAAGCACCAGCCAAGCUGCCAACUCCAGAAGAUAAGAUUGGAAGCCAGCCCGAAGAUAAAAUCUCUGCCACAACUGCCGCUCCUGAAGAGGGAUCCACGGAAGCCAGUGAUGAAAUCGUUCCAUCAACCGAUUCGCAGGCUGAUGAGGAGACCGAAGAUAAGCAGCCUUCAUCGACUGCCCAGACACCAGGGGAAAAGACUCCCGAAACUUCAACUGAUCUGCCAUCUGAAGAUGCUGAGACUGUCACCAUCGGUGCUCCCUCCGCUGAAGAAGAUGCUUCAGUCCCAUCCGACGAGAAGAAACCUUCCACAUCCGCAGAGGCUGAGGAAAGCACCGAAGCCACCAUUGGUGUCAGCGAUGGUAAGAAGAAACUGUUUGCUGCUGAGAAACCCACAACUCCAUCGCCAUCCACCGAAGAGGAGCCUGUCACUGAUGCCCAGAAACCAGUGGAUGAGAAGGAGACGGAGGAACCAACAAAGGAAACCGACGCAUCAACCGAAGUGCCGCAGCUGGGAGAGGAAGAUAUCCCAUCAGCAACAUCUGUCCCAUCUGCUGAGGACAUCGAAAAGGAGGAAGAGGACAAGUCCGACUCCACCACUGUUGCCCCUGCCAAGCAGGAAGAUGAAGAACUCACCCCAGCCGUUACUCCUGCCGCACCCGAAACAUCCGAUAAGGAGCCCUCUGUGGACUCUACCACCGUCGUCCCCGCCAAGGAGGAAGAAGAAGAUCUCGCGGCAAGCGCUACUCCUGCCACAGGAAUCAAGGAAACAUCCGAAAAGGAGCCCUCUGUGGACUCUACUACUGUUGCGCCUGUCAAGGAGGGUGAUCAAGAUCUCACGGCAAGCGCUACUCCUGCCACAGACGCCAAGGAACCAUCCGAAAAGGAGCCCUCUGUGGACUCUACCACUGCUGUCCCUGCCAAGGAGGAUGAUGAAGAUCUCGCGGCAAGUGCUACUCCUGCUACAGACGCCAAGGAACCAUCCGAAAAGGAGCCUUCUGUGGACUCUACCACUGUUGUCCCUGCCAAGGAGGAUGAUGAAGAUCUCGCGGCAAGUGCUACUCCUGCUACAGACGCCAAGGAACCAUCCGAAAAGGAGCCCUCUGUGGAUGCGCAGGAAGUUGAGUCAGCCACAAAGCUUCCUACAGAUGCGACCGACGAACAGCCAAUCGAUGAGGCAGCUUCCCCGACAUCCGCCCCCACUGUGGACGAAUCUGAGCAAGCAACGACCACACCAGCCACUUCCAUCAAGGACGAAGCCAGCACACCAGCUGCCGACAAGGUGCCAGAGGAUGAGCUGGACGUCACCACCAUUGCCAGCCCAGCUGUGUCCGACGUUAAGCAGGAUGACACCAAGGAUACGACAGCCACCACUGUGUCACCACUCAUCGAUGAGAAGGAAGAAGCUGGCACUCCCACUGCCCAGGACGACUCCAAGACACCAAUUGAUGUCUCCACAGUAUCACCCUCUUCCGAGGCAGAGCACGACCAGACAGAAGCACCACUCGAUUCCUCAACCGCAGCUCCAGCCAUACCUGAAACUGAUUCUACUGCUGCUCCAGUCGAUGUGCCUUCUGCUGAGGAGAUCGACACGAAGCCAAUGGAAGAUGUCAUGUCCCAGACUGCCGCUCCUGCUAAAGAGGAUGACCAGACUCCAGUUACAGUCGCCCCUGUGGAUCACGAUGUUGAGCCCAGCAGCGAAGCUAGCGGGCAGCCUCCUGUCUCCGAAGAUGUGGGAGAAGAGAGUACCGAGCCAGCUAGCAGCGAUGCUGAGGAUACCACUGAUCAGUCUCCAGCUGGUGCCAAACUGAAGCCACCUACUGCCACUACAACUUCGGAGGCAACCCCAUCUGAGGCUGCCGUCACGGAAGCUGAUAUUGUGCCGGAAACCGCAUCACCCGAAUUGGAGAAAGAAGUACCCGAGAAGUCCACUGAACUGCCCCAAUCGGUUGUGCCCUCAAGCGAAGACAAGACCACGGCAGCUCCAGCUGUCAAGCCAAGCUUGGACUCCACUGAGGAAGGCGACGAGUCGGUUGAAUCCGAGGAAGUCACAGAAGCGGUCGAGAAGGAGGGCGAAGACAAGGAAUCCGAGGAGACCGAAGAUGAGGCUCACAAGAAGCCCGAAACCGAAGAGCCUGAAGUGCCCGCCGUUGUUUUAGAGAUUCCCCAGAGCACGACCACACCUUCUGCCCAGGAUGAGACAUCGGCAGAGACCUCCAGCGAGGAAGUUGCCACGGAGCAAGCAGAUAUCGCCACAAUUGUCACCACAAUGCACCCACUGUUCGCGCACCUCCCAAGCUCCACCAAGAGUCCAGUCAUUGGCGAUCGAGUGGGCGAGGAAGAAGCAGCCGAGGCUUCUACUGCCAAGCAGAGCACUGAGGCGCCAACUACCAGCAGCACAUCCUCAACGACAGCAGCCAGUCCCAUUACACACCCGCCCUACGGUCAUGCUCCCGAGUACGAAGACGAGUACGACGAUGAGGAUGUGUUCGGUCCUGGCACCUGUCGCUAUGCUGGCAAACUUUACGUUUCCGCCCAGCAAAUCCCACGUGACGAUCCUUGCGACUUCUGCUUCUGCUUCAGAAGCGACAUCAUCUGUCUGCAGCAGUCUUGCCCGCCUCCGAUUUCCGGCUGCCACGAGGAGCCCAUCUCAGGCUUCUGCUGCCCGCGCUACGAGUGCCCCGUCUCAAUGGCCGCUGUGCUCAACGUGACGACGAGCACGACAACCACCAGCACCACUCUGCCCCCGCUAUUCACAGGCUUCACCCAGAGUUCCGCUGUGAUUAACGAGGGCUGCCUCAUAGACAACCGUACAUACGAGGUUGGCCAGGUCAUCGAGUCGAAGACUGGUCCUUGCAUGCGCUGCACUUGCGGCGGCGACGGCCAGAUGCAAUGCGAUCCACAGCAGUGCAUUCCCGGUCCAACUAUGCAGCAAAUAAUGGCCACCACCGCGGCGGGCCGCAAGAGAUGAACCACCAACAGCCAUGCUCACUAAAUAUAAUUUUAACUAAUGUUUAAGCACUGCAGACAAACAAUCACAUCACAAACAGACAAACCAACCGACCCAGAAUGCACCCACGGAUCGAUCAAAAGCAAUAGAACACAAUUCGAAUAGAUCAACAAGACUAGGAACCGAACCAGAGCCAGAACAAGAAUCAGAAUCAGAACCUUAUCAGAACGUAUGUAUGUAUGUAUACCUAGUAGGUGCCAAAACUAAUGGAGGACACUGGACCGGGUGAUCAGAUCAAUAUCAGAUCGGAUCGUAUGCAAUAGGAAUAAUUUUGGUUCGCCGAUAUUCGCACACUUUCAAUUGAAUUACGCCAAUUUGUUUCGGAUUAGGUUAUGGUGACGAAGCAAACAGUGAUAUUGUACUGUAUACAUAGUAUAGGUGCAAUUAAUUUAGAACGCGCUCACUUAAAAUGAAUUACUUAUGUAUUUGUACUUGUAUUUGUAACCCCCUAGUGACAGCCCAUAGCAACCAACGUCGCGCGUGCCUUGUAAAGUCGUUCAUUGUGCCCGCCGCCAUAUACAAAUCGCUUUCAGGAGACUCUCAACACAAAGCAAAAGCUAAAGCAAAGCCCCCAACAUCCAUCCAUCAGAUAACACCCCAGAGAUAUUGUACUUCUGGCGCUCCCACACAAUCAAUGGCGUUACGAAGAGCCACGGCAUUUGGCUACUGAACAACCGUUUCUUUUUGUUUGUUUUUUAAUAGCAAUAUUGUACUUCUUUUCAAUGCGCUUUUAUAGUAUUUUAGUCACUUUAUUUUAAACAUUAUUAUUUUUUGUGUAUAAUUGUUGCUUCUAGUCUUCUUUUGUUGCAAGAACAACGAAAUCCGCCUGUAACACGCGCACAAUGAGAUCAAAUCAGAUCAGAUCAGUUGAAUUGAGUUGAGUUGAGUUGAGAAAUUGUAUCUUCUAUAAACUAUUCCAAGCUUUUAUACUUUUAUAUACAAUACGUGUAAAAUGGAGAAACGAACGAACUAGUUUUUAUAGCAAUUUUACAAACGAACCACGAAUUGCAUAGUUUUAACGGAUUGAAAUGAAUUUGUACUUCGCCUCAAUGCAUUUGCACUCCGCACUGAACACUGCACAUGCAAAUGCAUCUGUGGCAGUAACAAUGGUAGUCUACAUAGAAUUUUUUAGAUCAACUGAAGACGGAAACUAAAAUAUGGAAACAAACGAACAAACUGUCGGCUAUCGCUAUUGCUCGACUGACUGAAAA